AUGAAGCGCUCUCAAGAACAAUCUCUUUCUCGAAGCGCGAAGCGCAGACGUCAAAGACAAAGAAAACAUGAUCAUAAAGCCGAAGCCGGCGCCGAAGCCGCUGUCGCUGCUAGCUUCGCGAACAGCUUCAACGACCUUGAAUCGACUUCGAACAAUAUGACUGAUGGACCGUAUUCAGGUUCCCCCAACGCCGAGGCCGCCGCAAACUUCAAGCUGUUCGACUUUACUAGCCUUGCUCCUUGGAUUACGGACAAGAUGGCUGAGACCUUCGAUCCGCUUGCUGCUAGAGCCGAAUUAGCCUGCGACUACGACGAGUUUAAUUCGCUGCUGAAAGAGAUAGCUGAUAAUUUCGAUCCCACUGCGUCCGAAGUUGAAGCUGCGGCCAACCUCGUUUCAUUGUCUCGUCACCGGUACCCCGGGCUGUUCAGCAUGAUAGAAGAGCAUGCGCCGGAGAUAAUUACCAAGGCCCAUCCAUUUGCUUCAGAGUCUGCUUCGGAAUCCGCUUCCAAAUCUGCCUCAACAUCGGCUCCGAAAUCUUCCACAUCUGCUGCGAAAUCUGCUUCGGCAUCUGGCCCGACAUUUGCGAAGGUUUGGUGCCAGGCUAUGUGCGAGAGCGAGAGCGACAGCGAUACAUCGAUUCCUGCCCAACGAAAAGGACAAGGUCAGCUUGAAUCUUUCGGGAUGCAACACGAAUUCAAAGCAAGAGGUUCUCGUCCUCGCAGCUCCGUUGCUCACCGAUCUUCACGAUCCUCCGCCGGCAUCAACCCCAACCACAUCUCCGCCCACCGAUCUCCUCGCUCCUCCGCCGGCCUCGAGCCCGUCGCCGCCAACCGGUACGGAGUCCUGCCUCCCCUCCCUUACCCUGCCAAUAAGAGCUCUGCCAGCAAGAGCAGCCCCUUGCCAUCGCCAUCCUCGCCUCCAUUUGCAUCCCCUUCUCCAUCUCCAUCUCUAUACCCGAUCCCACCCGAACACCAUUCCUCAGCCUCCCGACAUUAUCGAAGCCUCCACUCCGCCGCCGAUGGCCCAGCUGAAGCAGCAGAUCCCCUUCCAUCAGCCUCUCGUUUCCCCUUCGACACUGACAUCAACACCGAUAUCAACACCGGCCCCCCGGGUCCCCUUACCAGCCAGCUCAACGCCCUCGCCACCGCCUUCCCUACCCACACCCUGUCCCCCUUCAUUAACGCCAGCGACCUCACCGACUUCAUCUCCCAGAUCCGCCGCCCGGUCGACCCACCGGUAUUUUCCGUCGAGUUGUGGGUUCUGCCAUCGGGGCUCGUGCAGCUCUUAUCGGAGAAGCUGUUCAAGGAUGGAUUGCCUUUGGCUCGAUUCAGCGACGAGAGUGUGGAUCAGAUGUUGUGA